AUGUUUGGAAUACCUCUUUUGACAGUAUCACUUUCAUAUUUUUUCGUUGCAGAGGAACGCGUAGACGACGUACCGUUAUUACGAGAGGAAUCGGUGACACACCGAACACGUCAAACUCACUUUCCAACUCUUCAGCAGCAGCAACAGCAACAACAACAACAGAUAGCUCUCAGUUUUCCAUCACUCAACAACAGCGACAGCAUAGUAACACAACCAACAGCAGUCGUUUCAUCGAUUUGGCAUCUUCCAUCCGAUCAAGGGGUCAAAUUUCGAAGAAAUCGUCAAGUGACAUCAAAAAUGACUUCAAGACGUAAUGAUGUUCGAUUCCAUAGCAAUCCAGCGAUACCAGUAAGUGAGAUGACAACCAAUUAUUUAGCCAGUGAAUUACGACGUUCAAUGAUUAUUCCAGUGAGUGAACGUCGAAAGUUCUUUGAAACGAUCGCUGAAUACAGUCAUCCUUUCUAA